AUGGCGAAUCGAACAGUUAAAGACGCGAAAUCAAUUCGUGGUACAAAUCCUCAAUAUCUUGUUGAAAAGAUAAUAAGAUCGCGAAUAUAUGAUUCUAAAUAUUGGAAGGAAGAAUGUUUCGCCCUAACAGCGGAGUUACUAGUUGAUAAAGCUAUGGAAUUGCGCUAUGUAGGUGGUGUUCACGGUGGCUUUAUUUAUCCUACUCCUUUUUUAUGUUUAGUACUGAAAAUGCUACAAAUACAACCCGAAAAGGACAUUGUUGUUGAAUUUAUAAAAAAUGAAGAAUUUAAAUAUGUCCGUGCGUUAGGUGCAUUUUAUAUGAGACUUACAGGAACAUCAGUUGAUUGCUAUAAAUAUUUGGAACCACUGUACAACGAUAAUAGGAAACUUCGAAGGCAGAAUCGUCAGGGACAGUUCGAAAUAGUUCACAUGGAUGAAUUUAUUGAUGAAUUGCUUAGAGAAGAACGUUUAUGUGAUGUGAUUUUGCCAAGAAUACAAAAAAGGCAUAUCUUAGAGGAGAACAAUGAAUUAGAACCAAAAAUAUCUGCUUUAGAUGAUGACCUAGAUGAAGAUAUGCCAACAGAUGAGGAAAUAGUAGAUGCUGAAGCCAAAGAAAAUAGAAGAGAAAAGGACAGACGAGAUAGAGAUAGGAGGAGAGACAGGUCACGUGAUCGAGAUCGACGUGACAAAGAUCGUAAGAGGGAUCGCUCUAGGAGUAGAGAGCGUGACCGUAGGCGAGAAAGGGAGAGAGAAAGGGAAAAAGAACGUGACAGAGAAAGAGAGAAGGAAAGAGAGAGGGAGAAGGAAAGAGAACGUGAAAAAGAGAGGGAAAGAGAAAAGGAACGGGAAAGGGAGAAAGAAAGAGAAAGAGAUCGUGCAAGGGAGCGCGAUAGGGAACGAGAAAAGGAUAGAAGGGAUAGAGAUAGACAUGAAAGCGACAGACGACGAGAUAGAAGUGGUAGAUAUUAG